CCCUCUUUAACCAAUGCCUUGCCCCUAGGCAGCAUUGAAACUGUGAAAGCGCAGCUCACACGAUCAUCCAUCUCUCUCCUAGCAACAACAGGAUCUGCUCUCACCACCAUUCGUAGCUGAAAAAUGGUUCGCAAACGUUUUCAAGAGACCAAAACAGGUAUUGAAUAUCUGAAAUCAGUGGAUUACGAUAAGUAUCUGAGGAAAGUAGGAUUAGGAAAGGAAGACCAUUACUUCUGGAAGCAAAUAGGCAAGGCGCUUCUCUGCACAUACACUCUCGUCGGUGUUGUGUGGGUUUACAACGAAACAUCACCACUUGGUUGGUGGACACUGAAACCAAAACCAAAGGAGGAAAGAGAGCUUGCCCAUUUGUAUGAGAGGCGAGAAUUUCCAUAUCCAGGCGAUGCAGAAGCAAUGGAAGAGUUUGUUGCAAAGGGAGGAAUGAUUGGCACGACAAUUGGGCCGAAAGGGACUGUGGAGACUGAUAAGGAUUCGUAUAAUUAUCAGAAACAGUUGCAGGAUAAGAAGUUUGAGCAAGAAUCACAGAAGCUGUGGUUUAGAAUGAGGAAUGAGGUUAUUCAGGAACUUCAAGAGAAAGGGUAUGAUGUUGAGUGAGAGUUUUUUUUAUUUUUAUGUUAUGCGAGGGGAAUUAGAGUGGUUGGUUGAUUGAUUAUGGGAGAUUUUCGUUUUGUAUAUUUGAAUGCUUUAUGUGUUUAAUGUUUAUGUUUGAUGAUUGUAAAUGGAGAUUAUGACAGUAAUCUUUGUGUUAUAGCAUGCUGCUUGAUGUAAUGAUUAAGAUUUCAAAGGUAACUGCAAGCUGCUAUCUGUAAUGCAAUUCAUUAUGCAAAAUGCAUUGAGAAUGGCUAGUGAUUAAAGAA